AUGGCACCACUCAUGAAGCCCUUCCUGCCCCUCCUCGCCGCAGCGCUCGGCGCAGCCGCCAUCCCCUACAACACCUUCGACGGGCCGGGGUUCCCCGCAUGCAACGACGUAGCCUCAGUCAUCAACGCGACGUCGGUGGCGCAGAUCGAGUCGCUGGUGGCGGAGGCGGCGGCGGCGGGCACGCCGGUGCGGGCGUCGGGCAAGGGCCACAUGUGGUACGACACCAUGUGCGCCGACAACUCGAGCAGCACGCUCGUCAUCCGCACCGAGUACGUCAACGGCAUCUCCGACUUCGACCUGCCCGAGGGCGCGGAGACGGGGACGGUCCUCAUCGAGGCGGGCGUUACUUUCUUCCAGCUCGCGGAGUACUUGCACCAGCGCGGCGCUAGCGUCGGGUACACGCUUGUUAAUUGGAAUAUUACGUUGGCUGGGAGUGUGGCGAUGGGGGCGCACCGGAGCAGCUUGCGCGAGGACUCGAUGGUCGCGGCGGGUGUGGAGGAGCUGCAUAUCGUGGAUGGGAGUGGGAAGACGAGGGUGGUGGCGAGGGAUGAGGGGAGUGAUGAGUGGUUGGCGGCGAGCACGAGCUUGGGGCUGCUGGGCGUGAUUGUAAGGAUGAAGAUGAAGAUUUACCCGGAUUUUAAGGUGUAUGCGCAGCAGGAAACUUUGUUGGAGGAGGACGUCCUGGAUGGGGACAUCUACGGAUUGAUCAGCCCAUACGCUACUGCAAACUUUUGGUGGUGGCCUUUCCUGCGCAAAUUCCACUACCGCUAUUACGACCCUGUGCCGGCAAACACGUCAGAUCAAGAAGGAUUCCAAUCCACCUUCUCCGUCACCAAACUCGAGGCUGACACGGCGGCGGCGCUGCUCAACUCGGGCAAGUACCUGGCGUCGUCCAACAUCGCUGCUGAGACGCUCUUCUUCUCGCUCUGGUCACCGCCAAACUUCCGCGAGAAGACGACCGACAAAGCGAUCUUGACGUGGCCGGUGUACGGAUGGAACUACGACGUGCUCAUUGGCGGGCUGUACCCGGGCUAUGGCACCGAGUGGGACUUCGGACUACGUGGGCUGACGAUGGAGCUCGCGUUCCCAGUGACGCAGGCAAACGCGGUGCUGAAGCGCGUGCGCAAGGCCUUCGACGACGAGGCGGCCAAGGGCAUUAUCAUGACCAGCACGUACCGCAGCGGCAUCAACAUCAAGUUCGGCAAAGCUUACUUCGACCUUCUCGGCCAAGUCACGUACGACACGGCUGAUGGUGCAGACUGGAGCAAGGGCGCAAUCAUGUUCGAUUUUCCGAGCUUCAAGCCCACGGUUGGAGACGGGCUGAGGUUCAACGAGCCGUUCUACCACAAGCUGGCGACCACGCUGAUCGAUGAGUUCCCGUGCCGCCCGCACUGGACCAAGAACACGCGCGAUGUGUUCAAGCAGGCCGUCAAGAACAUUGAUCCUGACCAUCUGGCGCGCUUCAAAAAGGUGCGCGAGGACUUUGACCCCAACGGCAUUUUCAAGAGCGUUGUUGGCGAGAUCAUCGGCGUGUCGUAA